GGUGCCCGGGGUCGCCGAAGGGUGCGGACCAAUCUACCUCGAGGGCACCUGCGGGCGGGCGCAUUGCGUACCCGUGGCGCGCCCACAGUACAGGUGCCCGAACAGUGACGAGGCCUCGGGACGCACACCGUGGCGCUGACCCCCCGCGGCGCCUCGGCCCUCGGGCGGUCGCUCCUCGGCGCCCUCUGCGCCGGGGGGGGGGCACGCUGCCAGAGGGCGGCCGCGGAGCGCCGUGGCCGUGAGAGGGGUCCUGCUGGAUCGGGAGGCGGCGUUGGACGAUGACAGAGCCAACAGCGAAUCCAGUAGAAAAAAAACAAGCACUGACGUAAACACUCUUUGUGCUCCUGGCAGUCUCUGUAUCCCCGAGAUGGGCUCGGGUGGGCUCGCCGCCGUGGGGACCCCCAUCAGCGCGAUGCGGUCGAGCAUAAAAACACAGGCGAUGGAUCGCACAAAGGCGAAGAAGCAACACGCUGACGGGCUCUCCACGGCGGCACGUCGCUGGUGCUCUCCUUGUCCCUCCCGGGGGGUAGGGCGAGGAGGAGAAGGCCAGGAGGGUAAGCAGCAGGGUCGGGCGCGCGAUCCGGCGCAGGAGCAGCGGCAACAGGAGGGCGAUGCAGUGGAUGUGCUUCAGAUCUCGGUAUUACUCGACGCCGCGCCGACGAGGCGUGCGCUGAUCACACUGCACAACCGCGUCAGGGCCCGCUGCAAGGAGCGACGACCUGCCACUCAAUCCCUACAACCUGACACCUCAAGCACGGAGCGGGACCCUGACCGGGUAGCGGUUGCCCGACAUGCGGCAACGAGCAGCCGCUGUUCAAAAAAAUACCAUGGCUCCGCCGCCGACUCCGCAGCAAGUCGACCCGUGGCGACCCUGCCACCGCCCGGGCCCGGGCCUGGCGAGACGAGAGGCGCUUUACCACUUGGUGGACUGGUCGAGGACGUAGGCCGCCACGUCGUCGAUGUCGUCGGGGCCAAGCUUGUCGCCGAACGCCGGCAUGGAGCCCUUGCCGUUCGUCACCUGAGUCUUUAUGGCGGCGGCGUUGUAGCCGCCCGUCAGGUACUGCUCGAUGGCCGCCUUCCUCAGGGUCUUCUCCGCCACCACGCUGUUGUUCCCGCCCGCGUGGCACGCCGCGCAGUUGCCCAGGAAGACGCUCUCGCCUGGCUGACUGGUCCGCCGCCAGCGCCGGCCGCCCGCCCAUCACGGCGACCAUCAGCCCGAGGGCGGCCCCAAUGAUGGCCAGCGGGCUCCACGCGGCGCCGCCGCCCGCGGCCGACGCGGCCUCCUCCCGAACGGCGAGGUCGCGGGCGGCGCCCGGGCCGCGGGCGGCGCUCGGGGCGGCCGUGGGCUGCGCGGGGGCCACGAAGCCGCUCGCGCCGUAGAGCGCGAGGGUCGCGGCGGCCAGGAGGCACGCGGGGCGGAACAUGGCGCCGGCGCUGGCGUCCGCUAGCGGCGGCGGAGGCGCACCGGGCUCGGGCUGCUACCACACGCUGCACACAAAACGGCU